GUAAAAGAUUUCUUGACGCGCAAUUUUAAUACAAUCCGAUUAAUUUUCUUUAUGCAGAGAAACUCGUUCUCAUGUUCAUAAGCCAUUAAAUUAACGCAAAGAUGAGUCGAAUGAGAAAAACGUUGAAAGCUGUUCAGAAAGAGCUGAAGAGUGCAAAAGAGACCAAUGGUGUUGUGGAGUCUCCGCAGGCCCUGGACAUCUCAUCCAUAGAGAAAGCUAGUUUCUUUCAGGGAGAUCAGUAUUCUGAUUACGGCAACCCUCUGCACAGCACGGCAUUGGAGGAAGAUCUCAGUCCUGGAGCAGAACAGAGGCAGAAGUCCGUCCCAGCAAAGACUGCCCGACAGCAUGUAGUGGAGACUCAGAAGACAGUAGGUCAUUCUGGAGUUACACACAAUAAGGAAAAAGCCAGAAACAUUCCUAAAGCUUUGAAAAAAACUGAUGCAUUAAAGGAGAACCACAAGCCAUCUCAGCCGACAAAUCAAGGAGCAAAAUCCACGGAAAGAAAUGUUAAAGGCAGGCCUCUACCAACCAUAUCAGAAGACAGAGAGGAUGCAAACAAGAAAAAAACGGCAGUCUCUGCGACAGUCGUGUCCAAGAAAGCAGGUAAAGGGCAGAGGUCAGCAGAAGACACCCCAGAAGAGACCCACAGACAGCAGAGGUCAUCAUCCUCAGAGGAGCUGACAGAUGAGGAUGAGAGCUUUCAUCCAAGCAAGGAGAAAUCUAAAAGUGUGAAGGGGAAACUGCAGUCAACAUCCAGUCAACAGCAUAGCGGACACAAACAGAAAAGGAAAUCUUCAUCUGAAUCAUCAGAGAGAGCUGGACCCUCUAAAAAGCCCAGAGAUUUGAGAAAUCCAAUUGAUCUUGAUGUGGUGCUUGAUGCAUUCCAAGACUUUGUUACCCAGUACAAGCAGUCUGUAAACUCUGACGCAGUCAAACAUGCCAUCGAUGCUUUCAGUCGCUCAUUUGAGGAGCAGCUCUCAGAGAUGAUCACUUCAACAAAGGAACUCAAGAAUCUGAAAAGAGAGAAUGCCAAGCUCAACAGUGCUAUUAACCGGAAGAGGACCAGACUUGUGGAAGCCAAUAAUGAAGUUAUUAAGGGAAAGAUGCAGCUGAGGACUCUUCAGAAGGAUCAUGAUGAGCUGGAACAGAGACUCAAAGCUUUCAGAGAAGGGACCUCCUUCCUCACCAACCUGCAGGAACUCAACAGGAAGUACCUGAAGCACCGCACGGCUUAUCCAGAUGAGGUGGAAACGUAUGGCCCAUCCUGCAUGGCUGCCAUGUUGCUGGAAUCCAGGUGCAUCAUGGGAACAGAGCACCAGCUAAAGACUAUCAAUGACCAACUACAGCAGGUCUUAGAUGAAGCACAAAAUUAAUAAUCAUCAACACACGUUCAGCUCAUCAAGAAGAUUUAAUUGAAUGUUACAGCUUGUCAUACUGUAACAGGUGGAUUUAUUCUAUAUUAAAUAUUGUACAUUUAAAAAUCUUUACUACUGUGGGGAUGUUUUGAAGAGUUCUUAUUAUCAUGGCUUGUUUAAAUGUGAAAAUGUAUUUGAACUGUCAUGUCAACAUGAUCACACUGGAAGUCGGUAUGUUGUUUCCGACACUUCAAUACCCUAGGAUUGGCCACAUUAUGCUGACUCGCCUCCUCUCAGACAUGUUUGCAUCGGCUCCAGUACAUAUAACUUCCCCUGUGGUGUGACCAGAAGCACGUUAUGUCAGCAGCAUGGGAGUCCUGGGCUCAGAUCCUGCUCUGAAACCAGGAAGUAAACGUGUUUGCAUUAUCAGAGAUGAGCAUGAUUUUUGAUGUUGCGUUUUCCCUUCUAACAUUACAUUUUUCCUCCACUGAGGGUUAGGUUUGGGUUUGGGUUUGGGUUGGGGGAUUCACUUUAUAAAAUAUGCAUUCCUCUUCACUGUAUUACUGCCUGUACAGCUUUGCACACAUUGCAGAACAAUGAACGAUGAACAAAACAAAAUGAGGUUCAUUUCAGAAACAAUAGCGAAACAUUUAACAUACAGUAUAUCCAAGCAGACAUGACUCAAAGCGAAUGUCUGCAUGGCAGUAAAUUGCAACCAUUCCAUCAGAAAAUAACACAUAAUAAAUAUAAUUUCACAAGCAUGUAUGACAUGAGUGGAUACAUUGAUGAUACCAUGAUGUUUUCAGAUACCUGAUUCUAAUUGGCUGAAACGUGUGCGUUAAAACCAUUUAAUGCAUAAGUAUUUCCAGUCAGUUUUAAUCACUGAUCUAUGUUAAUGCACCUACUCUGCAAGAGUUUUAUGCCUCUUACCUCUGGACAUGAAUAUACAGUAGUGUAGCAAGACUGAGGAGUCAGAGGUUAACUGUCACAUCACACAACACUAAGUCAUGCAAUCAUAUCUUUAAUCAACUGAAAUGCUACUGGAAAAAACAAACAAGAGAAUUAGGAAUGCACCUUCACUUUCCUCUUACACACCCAUAAGGCUUGUAAGAAAUGUAUGGCUUGACAUUCAACUAUGUCUUGCAAUGAGGGAUAGAGAAGGGAAAAAAUGACCUAUCAAAUACAUCUUUCGCUGCCCAGCAAGACGAUUUGAAUUGAAAUAUGGCAAACAACAUCUAAUAUUGGUGCGCUUUUCAGCACCAGGCCUGCCCAAAAGGGAGGCAUUGCACGUGACUAAUACCGGCGCUCCAACAUAUGCCUCAUGUCCAUUUUACCAAUUAUUUGUACAUCUUUUUUUUUUUUAUUUAAGUAAAUGUAAUAUCAUCACACUGCUCUGUGUCUGAUUUAGAAUGGGCAGAACUCUUGAUCUAACAAC